AACCCUCAGGUGUAAUCCCUUAAACGAUUUCAACUGAAUGGCUUGGAGCUGAGAUGCCGAGGACGAGAUCGCAUCGUGCAGAAUCAGCAGCACUUCAAAUCAGUGGACUUCUUUUGGAUAUAUUCAGGGGAAGAAGGCGGGGAAGGUCUUCAUCGUCUUCUGACCCGGAAGACCUCGCAGGUAUUUCAAGUGAGGAGUCUUCAACGUCAUCUUCAGAAAGUUCGACAUCUGAUACGGAAACAGACGAAAGUUCAAUACCAUAUCGCAGAGGUCCGUAUCAUACUCGUGCUCGAGAUCGACGGAACAGAAAUCGAAAUUCACAAGCAAGCAACAACUCUUCUAAUAGCGAACAUACAGAAGAGCUUGAACUCGAAGACGAGUCCGAAGGUGAAGAAGUUCGUGCGGAGUCUGAAUCCGUCACUAUGAACAAUGACGAUCUAAAUAACAGCAUUCAAGUGAUCGAAGAUAAUCAUCAAAACUUGCCUUCCGAGCCUAAUCACAGACGUUCAUCUUCCGACUCGGAUAGUGAGCUUAACACUAUCAAUCGUCCAAAACGUAGGAGAACAGAUAAUUUCGCCACCGAUGAUGAAGAGGCUAAACCUGGGGUCUCCGAAACUGCUGCCGCCGCUCAAGCCACUCUCGAAGACGAUAGCGGCGAUGACGGUUGCACUAUCUGCUAUGAGGAAUAUACCAGUGCUGGAGAGCAUCGUUUGGCUUCUGUCAAAUGUGGACACUUCUUUGGCUAUUCUUGUAUUGCUCGGUGGAUUCGUAGUGAAGGUCGAAAUGCCGUUUGUCCUACCUGCAAGACUAAAACCACUAUCAAAGAUGUCAGAAAACACUAUACUAAUGCGGUGAAGGUCACUGAUACUACUGAAGUGGAGAUGUUGAAAAACUCAAAUGCUGCUUUACACAUCAAAAUCUCUGGUCUAGAAGUCGAAUUAGCACGGAAAGAUAGAGAAAUCACUGAACUACGAAAGAAACUGCAAGAGGGAACAUCACAUGAUAUCAUAAGCGCUACGCCUCAGCUGAUAGUGCAGCCAAGAGGAGGGAGAAUGUUCAUGAAUCCAGAGCGGAAAGAAUCUUUAGUCAAUGGCUCAUCAAAUGCAGAUGCUCGCGCUAUGGACUUUAAUGGAGAAGUCUGGGCUGUAGGAGUAGCAUGCUCACAAGUUCGUAACAUUUUUAGUCCUUAUGGUAUUAGGAUGCUUACCAUAAGUCGACAGGAGUUCAAACUUCGUGAAUGCUAUCCUCUACACAGUGGGAGGUCAAGAGUCGUAGUGUUUUCGCCUUUCGAGUCAAGUCUUCUUCUGUCAGGCGGUGAAGAUAAACGCGCUUUGGUUUCUAUGAAUGGCGCCGUGCGCAGACAGUGGAAGAUGCCACAUGAAAAGCCAGUGUGGACUGGCUGUUGGACGUCAGCUAACAAGGUAGCUUUGGGACUUGGCGAUGGACGAGUUUAUGAGUACGCGGUCGACUCGGACUCUACUGAGCCGAUACGUGACUAUACGCAAGGUGUCGGCCAUUUGCCUAUAAUAUUCACAGGCUUUGAUCCAUCUUCUUCCACAUUGCUGGUUGCUUCGUUCAAGAAGUUGAUAGCGUUCAGAAAUGAAAGGGUAUUCCCACUACUGAACAAUGCUGAUGAUCAAUUUGACAAAAUGAGGUCGGUUAGCUUUGACGAAUCGUCUCUUCAUUUUGCUGUCACAUUCUCGCCUGGCGGACGUCAUCCAGCCAUAUCGCAUCGACUGUAUCGCCUUGAAGUGGAUGACGAUAAUGACGAGGUACGUUGCGUAGAAAUGGCUCAGUGGCUAACUGAAUGCCAAAUGUCGUCAACAAUGUGGAGUAAUUGCCUGUUCUCCCUGAAGAACUCGUUGUUCUCGGUUGUCUUCAAUGAAGAUCAGAGACGUUUCGAUGCUCACGAUUGGUCAGGUAGAAGGACGGAUGCCAUGAUACGUUUUCCAUCAAGUGCGACAGUGGCCACGAUCCGCGCAGUUCCUACUGUCAGCGACUCGCGGAAGACUAUCGUUGUACUGGCUGAUAAGGCACUUUUCUCCAUUGCUUUUGGUCUCUCAGAUGCAGUUUCUUAAUUGCUAGUUUUGCAGUAUAGCAAUGCUAGGGACUUGCUUAUGAGUUUUAAUCGUUCUUUGUUGCAUGCAUCCACAUGAUCACCACUGUGUUAUUCGGGUACCAGUUCUUUUGUCCUUAAGUCUUCCUCCGCAUGUAAUAUAGAGGUUGCCGAAGCGGGCUUUAAUAGAAAGGUCAAUGUGUAUUAGCUUGGUAAUCAGCCUUGUCUAGAUCUCUGAUCUGCAGUUUUAUUACUCCAUGGUUUUUUUUCAGGUUGCAGCCAUAUUUAUGUGACUGCGCAUUGUAUGCAGCAUUACGCUACUGUGAAUCUAUAC